AAAGUCUGGAAGUGAGAGAGAAGAGGCGGCGCUGAGACUCUCCCUCUUUGCUUCCCGUUACUCCCGCUCUGUCGGUUCCCGCGCCUGAGCCGUGACACACAUUAACCGGCGUCUUCUGCUCCCCAAACUCCAACCUUGAUGAAAUAACUGCAGCAGUGUCUGAGGAGCUGUCAGCCACUGACUUGAAUGAAGAAAAUCGCCCGAAGGGACUGAAGCAGCCGCAGACGAGCCGUGACAGCCGAGGGAGGCAGGAGUCUGGCCGAGUUCCGAUGGAGGCGCGCGGCUCGCGGGACUAGGACGCGCCGCCUGUAGAAACGCUUGGUGUUGUGGAUUAAGCAAGUGCUGAUUUUUGGCACUGAACGGAACCGAGUCUUUCCACCAAAUUCUCUCAGACCAUGAACGAUUCACCGGCACAGCGGAUGAAAAGCAUGCGACAGCUGGCUUUGGAGAUUGGAAUCAGAGUUCUGCUUUUCGGAGUUUUCGCGUUCACUGAGUUUCUGGAGCCUUUUGAGAGAGUCAUUCAACCAGAGGAGCUUUGGCUUUACAAGAAUCCUUUGGUGGAGUCGGACCACAUUCCCAAGAGAGUCAUGUUCGCCAUUUCCUUCCUCACCCCGCUGGCCGUCAUAUUUGUGGUGAAGAUCAUUCAGAGGACGGACAAGACUGAGAUCAAAGAGGCGUGCUUAGCUGUGUCUCUGGCUCUCGCCCUAAACGGAGUCUUUACAAAUACUAUCAAGCUGAUUGUUGGAAGACCCAGACCAGAUUACCUGCAGCGCUGUUUUCCAGACGGACAGUUGAAUCCAAAGAUGCUGUGCACCGGCGAGCCGGAGUUGGUCUCUGAAGGACGGAAGAGCUUUCCCAGCAGCCAUUCCUCCUUUGCGUUCUCUGGCCUCGGCUUCACUUCCUUCUACCUGGCGGGAAAGCUGCAGUGUUUCACGGAUCAGGGUCGAGGUCGCAGCUGGCGUCUCUGCGCCGCGGUGCUGCCUCUGUACAGCGCCAUGAUGAUCGCGCUGUCCCGUACCUGCGACUACAAACACCACUGGCAAGACGCCUUUGUGGGAGGAGUCAUCGGGUUGCUGUUUGCGUACAUCUGCUACCGCCAGCACUACCCGCCUUUUCUGCACUCGGACUGCCACCUGCCUUACGCCAGCUUGGUGGGCCCCCCCAGCACAGCCUCCCAGCCUCAGGACGACCCGCAGCCCACCGACAACGCCACCACCCUCCCUCUAGAAGGCUUGACUGAAGGGCCAGUAUGACUGGUGGCCACAGCUGAGACGUCCGCCGACCCUCUCAAGUGCCCGAGUCGUCCUCCUGUGUCAUAGUGACUUUACGUUCUACUGAACCCCCCCGUCAUACAUUUACAUUCUCUGGUUCUGCCCGGGUCAGUCAACACUGUUUGGUUUUCCUCCAUAGCUGCCAUUAAAAUGUAUUUUUAGAUAGGAAAGAUGAGAAAAGCUUUAAUGAGCGCCGUGGCUGUCACGCCGCUUGAUUGGAACACAGUGGUUGUGGGCGUGUAUUAGUGGAGCCAGAGAGGUUCUAUAGGAUGGAACCAUGAACAUCAGCAAGGAACGGCAGACAUGACAUCACAGCAUUUAGAUGCAUUUUCACAAACAAAAAAAAGGCUUUUGUCUAAAAUUCAAGGACUUGCCGGACCAACUCCACAUUUAUGCCUCCUGCGCUUUUCAUCAGUUUCUGUUGCCCAUAGCAACCAAACAAUAAACACAAAGCGAAGACAUUCCUGGAGAAGCUAAAACAAUAUUCAAUAUUCUGGUUCUCUCUGCUCUCCUGGGCCAGCAGCCCUGAAAUUCUGCGCCGCUUCAUUUCUCCUCCUCUGCUCGCCACAUCUUCCCUCACAGGCGCUGAACACAUGUUCCACCACGCUGGACAGAGAAACUCAUUCUCAACCACUGCAAUCAAUUACCGGCAGGUGAGCUGGCAGAGCGGCGUCCUGACCGGCUCAAACCGGGAACUGAUCUGGCAUUAAUCCUCAUUAAGUUUGGCCAGCACUGCUGCUAUGAGGGUGUUACGGCGGUAUGAGGCGUCCUGGGAGCUGACCAAACAUGGAGGAGAGCCGUUAGUGUCCUGACGCCCCACAAACAGACAAUCUAGCACUAAGCAGAAGACAGACUGCCACCUCGGACUUUAAUUUAAUGUAUUUUUCAUGAAUUUACCUCCAUUAUUUAUGACAGGAACUGCUGUUUGAGACAAAGCAGGCACCAAAGACAUUCAUCCUCUCUUUUAAUUGAUUUUGCACUUUUAUAUCACACAGCGAGAUCAUUGGCACUUUGUCCUCCACAUACCGAUUGCAGCAUUUGUAAAUGUGAUUCAAAGUACUGUCUUUGUUGCCUGGGUUUGUGUUGCCAUGGAUGUAAUAUUCACUGGAAGACAUCCUCCCAGUUGAACUCCCCAACCUCCCAGGAAGGUUACAGCUCAGAAUCUUUAUAUCCAUCGUCUGCAUUAGGCUGUGUGCGUGUGUGUGUGUGUGUGUGUGUGUGUGUGCGUGGCUAACACAGCCCUUUUCGCACUGAUGCAAUACAAAAAGAAAAUUUACAAAGAAAACCCUUCGCAGGGUAAACGGUGCUCCUCUCUGUGUAUCGGGUUCUGAGGAAAAACCCGACUGACUCUAGAAUUUGACUUUAACUGAAGAACAAUCUUUUUGUGGUUCCAACAUCAACCUGAAAUCUGUGAAUGUGGGAUUGUGGAACCUUGAGGCAGAAGAAAAUGAUUGUAAGAUGUGUAUUUAAUUGUGUUCUAUUGCAUUUGCUGAGCUGGAAGUGUGUACUUUGUCAGUUCGUGCUCUCAUGUGGUGCCGCGUACAUUGAUGCAAACGUUUUCCACAGAUAAUUCUACUUGUUAUGCUUGAAAAUUUUCACUGAAGAGGUCAAGCUUGGUGCGAUGUAUACUUUUGUAGCAGUGUGCACAGUUUUAGUGGACGUGAAAAAAACUCUUUUUCUACCAAACAAACGUAGAAAAACCUCAUCUUACAUUAAACAUGCCUCCAAGGCUGAGAGGGUAAAAGAAACUCAAACCUGUAAAAGAACAAAGAAAUAGCCGUCUGUCGUUAUUGUGAAGAGAAAUUAGGUGUUUUUCUGUCCGUGGCAUGCCGCUUUCAUUUGUGAGAAAAAACUUUUCUAUGACUAAGCAUGCCAGGCCUUGAAAACUGAGUUGUGUUUUGCUGUUUGUAUAACUGGAAUGUAAUAAAGAACUGCAACAGUGUGA